GCAGCGGCGUUUCUGGCACAGCUGGAGGAGGAGGGAGGUGGGGUGGCGGCAGCAGCAGUCGCUUUCUGGGCGCCGCUGGCCUUAAAGGGGCAUGCACCCCUCGCGGCCGCCUUUUCACGACAUGGCGGUGGCGGGGGAACCGGAGCACACGAGUAACCUUCAUGCAAGUCACAGGUCUGCAUCGUUCACAGAUGGGCUUUCAGCAGCUUCGUUUGCAGAAUACCCUAGACACAAGCCAUUCAUUAACUCUGACUUGCGACGAUCUCCUGCCAGACCAGUGACUGCUUAUCCAGAGAGUAACAGCAAAGCCAUCUUCUCCGCUUUGAAGAACCUGCAAGAGAAAAUACGACGAUUGGAGCUGGAGAGGAUUCAAGCAGAGGAGAGCGUGAAAAGCCUGACCAGGGAAACCUCGGACUAUAAGAAGGUGCUGAGUGAGCAGCUGCUGGAAAAGGAGCAUUCCAAGUGGGAGGUGUCCAGGAAGAACGAUGAGCUGGCCUCUCAGUUGGCGGGCGCCGAGACACGUUGCAGUCUCCUGGAAAAGCAGCUGGAGUACAUGAAGCAAAUGAUAGCACAGGCGGAGCGCGAAAAGACAACAGUCUUGGAAAAACAGGCCACGCUAGAAAAAGAGAGGAUCUUCGACGAAUCCCAUGUGAAAUCUAAACUGGAAAGGCUGGAUCUGCUGGAGAAAGAAUAUGCCAGGCUUACUGAAAUGCAGUCCCUUGCAGAGAAAAAAAUGAAAGAGUUGGAAGAGAAGCUGCAAGAGGAAGAGCAGGCACGGAAGCUGGUUCAGCAAAAAGCUGCUGAGCAGCUUCAGACUGGAUUGGAGGCAAACAGAAAGCUGCUGAAGGCACAACAACAACAACCACCUCCACCUGCACCAGUACCAGUGCCUUCAAAACCAAAGAAGAAGAAGAAAACAAAGCAUCUGGACAAGAAUGAUUCCGGGCUGACCCACUUCCACCCACAACCCCAUUACAGGCUGCGACUGGGUGAUGUGCCAUUUGUAGCCGGAAAGUCCACCAGCCCCAGCCAUUCGGUUGGAGCCAAUGUGCAGCAUGUGCUCCAUCUGAUGAAGCAUCACUCAAAAGCCCUUUGCAACGACCGUGUGGUCAGCGACGUCCCGAUGACUCAGCAGACGAGCAAAGGCCGGAGGUCCCCCGUGUCAUCCGUGUCGUCUCUUUCGUCCCAAGGAGACCUCUCCGAAGUGCUGCUUACGCUGCAAGAUGAGCUUGGGCAGAUGAGUUUCAAUCACCAGCAGCUGGCAAAACUCAUCCAUGAUGCGCCAACAGUUGCCUUGAGGGAGGACCUGGAGAGGGAGCUGGAAGUGCUGGUGAAAAAGAUGGAAGCCAAGGCGGAACAGAUUGCUAAAAUCCAGAGACAUCGGGCUCGGCUGGAGAAACACAAGAAGGAAGGGAAGGCCAAGCAGUAUGGUUCUCAUGAGUCACGCCGAGGGGGUGAAGGAAAACCGGCGCCUGCAGCCGUAAAGGUGAAAGGCUCCGGCCCGAAGGGGAAACCAGGCGAGCGGGGAAGGAAAAGUCUGCAGUUGCUGAGGGAAAUGCAGAGCAUCCAAACCUCUCUUCAGAAAGAUGAUGUCAGUUGGGACUGCUGAAGCGUCUUGCUGUGUAAUUCUUGCUUGCACCUUUUAUCUUGUCCUGGCUCCAGUUUUCCAACUGGGGAAAAGACUAUGUAAUGGCUGCACUUUCUAAACAAACCUGUACAAUCCUCCUAAAGACCUGACCACAUUACAGCCCUAAUCCUGGGGGAAAGGUUGUGGGGAAUAACUUUAUUUGGCUACCUGACCGAUCCCUUCAGGGUGCAGUGUUAUUCUUCACGCUGCAGCUCUGCCUCAAGCGAUGAAUUGAAUCACUCGCCUAGAGCAACUCUUUAUUCUAAGGCUGGAGACAAGCAGCAGGGUUUUUUGCGGAGUCAAGGGUGGUACACAGUGGAGGUCUCUUUGCCUCUGAUGCACAGCUUUCGCAGGGUUUUGCUUGGCUUUGUGAGCCUGUUUUUGGCUAAAGAUGAAAGUGGGAUAAAAGACACACCAUAACGCAGUGAUGGUUUUUAUUGUACUGUCUUUCAGCCCUUUUAAAAUGCAUCGUUCAUCUUAAACAGCUUUCUGCAUAGCCCCUUUUAAUGCCGGACACUGAAUUGCCGAUUUGGUUGCUCUUUGCAGGAUGCUUGCAUUUUGAAAUGUUUCAAACAAGUUAGCAGUCCCUUUCAAUCAAAUGCUUUGCCCUUUUUAAAACCUCUGCUUACCUUUAAGGAUUCUUUCUCCAAAGUGUUUUUCCCCUGUGGAUUCUUAAUAGUGUGUUAUUAAGAAUGGAACUGAAUAGCCAUUUGGACUGAGAAGCCAUCUCUUCUUUGACCUCUUUGCAGAAGAGUGUGAGAUCGGUGCGUGUUCUCUUUUUAAAAUAACCGUGUGGAUCAUGCUGGCAGCUUGUUUUUAACUUGAAAGUAUUAUUCACUGGACAAGAUCUGGUGGCUGUCAUGGUACUCUCCCAUUUUUACAUACCAAGGCCCCACCCUGACACAUAGUUAUUUAUUACAUUAAUAAUGUAAAGGCUUUCCAAUGAUUGGAAUGUACUGACGUGACUCAGAAUUGCCUGUGCUUUUUGAUGUUUGAUUGGAAUCCAAUAAAGGCAACUUGCUAAUUGAA